AUAGCGCGUAAUUGUUUUGACUUAAAAUGCAAAUACAUAAAAAUGCGCGUUUGUUUUGACUAAAAAUACAAGUAAAUAUAAACUUAAAAAAAAAAGAAUUGCCCUUUCUAUAACUAUCAAUGUAUGGAUAAAUUGACGAUAUAAUAAAAAUAUCAGGUAUGGAUAAAUUGACGCCAGAUUUAAUUAAAAAAGUUGCUUGUAAAGUUGAUUCUGAUUGGCAUAGAUUUGGAUGUCAUCUUGGUUUUGAAGGUAAAUUAUCAGACAUUAGUUUGACAUAUUUAGAAAAUCAGGACAGGGUUGUUGAGAUUUUAAAAUUAUGGAUGCAAUCAAAGAAUAGUUGUGUACCCUGGAUCAAUUUAAAACAAGAACUUGAGUUAUUUAUGCGUAAAGACAUAGUAAAUGAAAUAGAAGCAGAAUUUAAUUAUUUAAAAGAUAACUUAAUUAUAGAUAUGGUUAACUUGAAUUUGAUAAAAGAAAAAAUUAUUGGAUUAACAUCAUUUGGAAAGGUCUAUCUUUGCACAGAUGCAAAUACAGGCAAAAAAGUAGCUAUGAAAUGUAUUGAGACUCAGAACAUUGAUAAUAAUGAUUUUGUAAGAAAAGCAGUGGAAACUAUAGAACAAGAAAUUUCAGUAUUAAGAAUUUUAGAUAAUAUACGAAUUGUGAAAUAUUAUGGUACUAUUAGAGAAAGUACAACCAUUUCUAUUGUAAUGGAGUUCAUGGAAGGAGGAUCUCUUUAUGAUAAAUUAUCAAAAGGCCCUCUAGAUGAGAAUAUGGCAUCUAAGCUAUCUUAUCAAAUUCUUGAAGGCUUGGAUUACUUACACAGUAAAAACAUUAUACACAGGGAUAUUAAAAGUCAUUCGGUUGUACUGUGGUUGAAAUGCUAACAACAAGGACGCCAUGUCAUGGUUUAUCCACUAUGGAUGUUAUUAUUUCCGUUACUUUAAAUUCAAUUAAAGCUAAUCUGCCUGAAAACUCGUCUGUAUUAUGCAAAACGUUUGUAGAAGAUUGUUUACAAAGUGAUCCGGAAUUACGACCAAGUUCUUCAAAGUUAUUGUUACAUAAAUGGAUCAUUAAUUAAAGUCAAUUGAAAAAUUAGUCACCAUUUUUGGAUUUUUAGAAUAAAUAACUUUUACAAAUAGUUAUCAUUAGGUUUUGUAAAUAAUCUUUGAUACUUUUGAUACGAUUUUUUUAAUUCUUAAAUGUUUAUCAAAUUUUUUAGAAUAAAAGUUUUUUUUAAAAA